GGUCGAUUUUGGGAAAGUGACUCAAGUUCGUCUACCAAAAAUAACGGAGCGAAGGAGUGAUACCGUGACUAACCGUAGUCUAUCGCUUUUACGGUACCAUGCACCAAUCGGAGACCCCCGUUGGUUCCUCAAUCAAUGCAAUAACGCCCUUUAUCGCUCCUAAAUAUCAGUUAUCGGUUUGCACAUCUCAUUUUUUAACCUUGAGAAGCAAUGAUUAGUACGAACCGGACGACAUACGACUCGGGCACACCUAUUUCUACUGUGUUUUCCUUUCCUCCCGCACCUUCGGUGCAGGGUGAACCAGGCAACCCUCAGGCCCGGCAAACAACCUCAAGUUCGAAGGAACCACAUUGUGCAAAAGCCACUCGUCUAAAUACCUGGUACUUCGGCGCAAAAACUGUCUUCAACAACAAUACUGGACUGCUGUUGAUUGCGGCCUCGCAGGCCUUCUUUUCGUUGAUGAACGUGUUUGUGAAGAAGCUGAGUAGCUUGGAAGAUUCGGUUCCUGCCUUAGAGUUGAUUGUUGUACGAAUGAUUAUGUUAACUUGGAUAUGUUGUGUAUCAUACAUGCUCGUGACGAGGGUGCCAGAUCCGUUCAGAGGGCCGAAAGGUGUUCGAAUCCUCCUGAUACUUCGAGGGCUGUUUGGCUUUUUCGAUCUCUUCGGCUUGUAUUUUUCGUUGCAGUACCUUUCCUUAUCGGAUGCCACCAUCUUGACCUUCUUGACUCCGAUGUGUACUGCAAUCGCGGGAGCACUCACCCUGAACGAAAAUCUUCAACUAAAGCAGCUUGUCGCAGGAUUUUUGAGUUUGGUUGGAGUUGUGCUCAUUGCCCGACCAAAGUUUCUCUUUGGUGAGCACGCUCACAAGGGUCAGGGGGACCGUUCUGGUAGGGCGGUCACUGCCACUCAGAGACUCAUUGCGGUCGGGGUGUCUCUUCUUGGUGUGUGUGGCGCGACGGGAGCUUAUACGACAAUCCGAGCCAUCGGUAAGAGGGCGCAUGCCAUGCAUAACCUUGUGUCCUUCUCUACCCAAUGCGUUAUCGUCACGCCAAUCAUGAUGAUUGUGUCUCAGACUCCCAUAGGAAUACCGAAGAAUUUCGCAUUUAUCACGAUGCUAGCCUUGAUCGGGAUCUUUGGAUUCAUCGGACAGUUUCUCCUUGUACUUGGUCUACAACGUGAAACCGCCGGUCGCGGGACCAUGGCUAUCUAUAUCGACAUCGUAUUUGCAGUCGCAUUCGAAUAUCUCUUCUUCCGCAUCGUGCCUCCUCCCUUAUCCGCCUUGGGUAUCAUCAUCAUUCUCUCCGCUGCCAUAUACGUCGCUGUAACGAAGGAGAAUACAAACGGGAUGCAACAUAAAUACACAAACAUUGCUAGUGAAGAAGACAUUGCCAUCGAAGAAGGGUUCAUCGCAAAUGAUGAUGUGGAUAAUGUGGCGGAGAGCAUGACAUAAUGUGCGGCACAGGUGCAUAUGACUCUACGCAACGUACUUGAGAGGGAAAAAUAUUAUGCAAAUAGAUCUUCGUUCAUACAUCUUCAACUAAGCAUCUUUCUCAACGCAAUCAUUCAACGCCCUGGUUCGUUAUCGAAUGCCUUGCGAACGAAUUCGACGUAAAACGCGAUGCAACUUCCACGAGGCAAUUGCAAGGUUUCUUGGUCCAUCGUAAAUGAUACGGACUUCCUUCAAGGAUGAAUACUUCGGAUCGGAGUACGUUCGAUCCAUGUGCAAAUAAUGUUUCAACCGCCUC